AUGACGGAGGGCACAGGGGGGGCCCAUCGCACCGAGCCCGCCACCGACCUCAGCCGCUGGCGCCUCCGCAGUGCGGGGGGAAGGCAGACGUGGACGUAUUUCCCGGAGGGGGAGGACCCCGGGCGCGAGCAGACCGCGCUGGAGGCCCACUCGCUGGGGCUGGACACCACGGCUUACUUUAAGGACUUGCCCAAAGCGAACACAGCCCAAGAAGGGGCUCUGAACGGGGUGACCUUUUACGUGGGGCUGCAGGCUGAGGACGGGCACUGGGCAGGUGAUUAUGGAGGCCCGCUCUUCCUCCUGCCAGGCCUCCUGAUCACCUGCCACGUGAUGCAAACCCCUCUGCCAGCGGGAUGUAAAGAAGAGAUAGAGCGGUACCUGCGGUCAGUGCAGCUCCCCGACGGCGGCUGGGGCCUGCACGUGGAGGGCAAGUCCACGGUGUUUGGGACAGCACUCAACUAUGUGUCUCUGAGAAUUCUGGGUGUCAGCCCUGACGAUCCUGACUUGGUACGAGCCCGGAACAUUCUUCACAAGAAAGGUGGUGCUGCGGCCAUCCCCUCCUGGGGGAAGUUCUGGUUGGCUAUCCUGAAUGUUUACAGCUGGGAAGGCCUCAACACUCUGUUUCCGGAGAUGUGGCUGUUUCCUGACUGGGCGCCCGCACAUCCCUCCACUCUCUGGUGCCACUGCCGACAGGUCUACCUGCCCAUGAGCUACUGCUACGCCGUCCGGCUGAGCGCCGAGGAGGACCCGCUGGUCCAGAGCCUCCGCCAGGAGCUCUACGUGCAGGACUACGCUAGCAUCGACUGGCCGGCCCAGAGGAACAACGUGGGCUCUGAUGACCUGUACACCCCGCACAGCUGGCUGCUCCGCGUGGUGUACGUGCUCCUCAACCUGUACGAGGGCCACCACAGCACCAGCCUGCGGCAGCGGGCCAUCCAGAAGCUGUACGAGCACAUUGUGGCCGACGACCGCUUCUCCAAGUGCAUCAGUGUCGGCCCGAUCUCAAAAACCAUCAACAUGCUUGUGCGCUGGCAUGUGGACGGGCCGGACUCCUCCGUCUUCCGGGAGCACGUCUCCAGGAUUCCUGAUUACCUCUGGCUGGGCCUCGAUGGCAUGAAGAUGCAGGGCACCAAUGGCUCACAGGUGUGGGACACCUCAUUCGCCAUCCAAGCUCUCCUAGAGGCGGGGGCACAGCACAGGCCCGAGUUUUGGUCUGCCCUGCAGGAGGCACAUGAGUUUAUCCGGAUGUCACAGGUCCCAGACAGCCCCCCCAACUACCAGAAGUACUACCGCCAGAUGAGCAAGGGUGGCUUCCCCUUCAGCACGCUGGAUUGUGGCUGGAUUGUUUCUGACUGCACAGCUGAGGCCUUGAAGUCCAUCUUUCUCCUGCAGGAACAGUGUCCUUUUAUCACCAAACAUGUCGCACGAGAGCGGCUCUACGACGCCGUGGCUGUGUUGCUGAACAUGAGAAAUUCUGAUGGAGGGUUUUCCACCUACGAGACUAGGCGUGGGGGGUACUUGCUGGAGCUGCUGAACCCCUCGGAGGUCUUUGGGGACAUCAUGAUCGACUACACGUACGUGGAGUGCACGUCGGCCGUGAUGCAGGCACUGAAACUCUUCCAUGAGCGUUUCCCGGACCACAGGGCCGGGGAGAUCCGGGAGACGCUCGAGAAGGGCCUGGAGUUCUGUCGGCGGAAGCAGCGGCCUGACGGCUCCUGGGAAGGCUCCUGGGGGAUUUGCUUCACCUACGGCACCUGGUUCGGCCUGGAAGCGUUCGCCUGCAUGGGGCAGAGCUACCGCCGCGGGGCCGUGUGUGCGGCGGUCUCCCGGGCCUGUGACUUCCUGCUGUCCCGGCAGAUGGCGGAUGGGGGCUGGGGGGAAGACUUCGAAUCCUGCGAGGAGCGGCGUUACAUCCAGAGUGCCACGUCCCAGAUCCACAACACGUCCUGGGCCCUGAUGGGGCUCAUGGCUGUCAGGCACCCCUGCCUAGAGGCCCUGGAGAAGGGAGUCCGGUGUCUGCUUAGAAAACAGCUCCCCAAUGGCGACUGGCCCCAGGACAGCCUCUCUGGCAUCUUCAACAAGUCCUGUGUCAUCAACUAUACCAGCUACAGGAACGUCUUCCCCAUCUGGGCCCUCGGCCGCUUCUCCCACCUGUACCCCGAGAGUGCCCUUGCCGGCCGCCUUUGAGGGUGCCUGGCAGGCAGGUGGGUGGGGGGCACCGUCGUCUGGGGUGCUACUGAGCAGCAGCUGUCAUGCGAGUCCAGGAGGCCCCUGCCCCCGGCCACACUCCUCCAGGUGUUGGGACCUGGCCUGGGGCAGGGGUGGGGCUGGUGGCGUUAGGUACUUGAUUUUAAGGGUAGGUUUGUUUCUUGGAAGAGCUGGUGGAGCCCAGGUGAGGAAGGGAACGGGCUGAGCCGUGGCCCCGGCAGGCUGUUGCGCGGCGCCGGCCAGGAUGGGCGUCCUCGCUCUGGGGCUGGGAGGGCGUCCUCAAUACCGCAGUUCUUGGGAGCGGGGAGCAGGGCCUCGUCUGCUUCCCGUCUGGGGCUGCCCAGGGGCCGGCUCUUCCUAUUUCUUUUGUCUGUGGGGCGGAGGGAUGUGAUCUGUUCACCGCCGUGGCCCCGGGCUCGCAAGGUACGCGGACCAGACUUGCUGAGUGUCUGGGGCUCUGCAGAGGAAGUCAGACAUGGCUGCCAGCCGUGCCCUACACCCCAGGCGGCCCGUGCUGCAUUGUGUGGUGCACAAGUGGUGGCCACAGCGGGGCACCAGUGUCCUCUCUCCUGCGUUUAUAACCUGUAGCGUCUUGUGCUGACAGAGGCACAGGCAGGAGGCUAUGUGUGACAAGGGAUGAGUGCUCAUGAGUAGCUUGGCGGUCACCACCAUGGGGCGCCGCGGGUGCUGGGCACAGCAGAGCAGUCAGCACCGCUGGCUAGACAGGCCUGACGCUGCAGGGUGCCCUCUGGCCGCCACCAGCCCUCAUGCGCUGGUCUGUGCUCUGGGCGGAAGCGGGGGCUAGAUCUCCGGGGCAGUGCUUCUUGGGCCCUGAACCUCCGAAUCCCCUUCUGGCUCUAAGUCUGUCUGGUUUGGCGUACGUGGAUUUGGGGCCCAGGAUGGAAAAACCUGCUCUGGAUUUGCCGUCGACCUUUGAGGACGAGUGGCUCAUGUGCUCAGGGCUUCCCUAGCAGUGUGGCUGCUCAGAGUCAAAGUCGGAGCUUUGAUGAGAAUAAAAGCCAGGCCUGGUGCUGCGCCUCGGGCCCCGCCCUGCUUGGCCACGCCGGUGCCCUUCUGUCCCUUGUUCUUCUGUGCCACCUCCUGGAUUGGCAGCCGCCCCUGACUGUGCUCCCUCGGACAGCCAGAUGCCUGAGUGCUCCUCCGUUCCUGCCGUUUUCUGCCCAGAUCCGGCAGGCCGCUUGCCAAGACUUUGCACCACGUGGCCUUGACCCCCCAGCUCUCUUGGCCUUGAGUGCCGUCCCUGACUCUGCUUGGGGCUUGCCUGCUUUCGGGCCUUUGAGCUGUUCCUCCACUGACCUUCUCUUGCCCCAGGGUGGUGCUCCUGCUCUGAGCCCUGCAGGGCGGGGCAGUGUGUACACAUAGGUGGCUCCACCGGCUGCCACACUGUGCGGCAUGUAGUGGGCGUUCGUUCAGUGGACCUACUGAGUGUCAGCACUUUCCCCCGUUUUUAAACUCGGGUUUAUUUUGGCCGAAGGAACUGUUGGGUCCCCUUGCAAUCUAUCGGUUUGCUCUUGCACUUCUUUUAUUGGCCCUGUUCUCCCCCAGCGGGGGCAGCAGCACCACCAGUGGUGACUGAGCACGGUCUGCUCCCGAGAGACCUCCAGGCGGCCAGAUCACUGGGUCAAACCCAAGAAAUGGAAACCUACUUUAAUCCUUCAAGCGUCACUUCUGGGGGUGGCUCCGUGACGGACGGACACGAGCACAUCACACGUGUUCUGUCUCAUCUUGGGAACAGUCACAGACCUGGAGUUUCCAGGGGAUGAGUGGGUGCUUGAAGGUGAGCAGGUGUAUGUCGUUAUUUGAACGGAAUUAUGUGCUUCAGCCUAAUUAAAAAUCACGCUCUCAAUAAAACAGAACAGAAACAAACUCAUAAAAUACAGAACAAACUGGUCGUUGCCAGAGGGGAGAGGAUGGGAGAUGAGUGAAACAGGAGAAGGGGCACGAGCGUACAAACUUCCAGUUAUAAAUGUGCCGGUCACGUGACAGUACGGCGUGAGGCAUAGAGCCUGGGACCGAGCAGUCACGCUGGGCGGUGACCACGCUGACUGGCUGAACCCCUGUGGUGCACCUGCAGCCAGCACAGCCUGGUGCGUCAGCUGUACUUCAGAUGAAAACAUCAGCUUCUCUUUCCUGGGCGAAUCAGCAAAGAUGCUUGAAUUCAAAUUAUUUUUGGUUACUGGGAACAGAUUUUGAGUAUUUACUGGGAAAUUUUUGCUGCAGCCAUAUUACAUUUUCUGUAUUCACCAAAUGUAAACCUUAAACCUUCCCUUUGAGGAAUUCUCUAACUAUAAACCCUUCACUCACAGUGUAAAUUCAACUCUAAGAAAGUAAUUUUCCUUACUGAACCUAAUCAAUAUUGCUACAUAUAUUUAAAUUUUAUUUAGGCAAUAAAGUGUUAAAAAAUUAA